AUGUCGACUUCAAAUGCUACUCGGGCUAUUCUGGGACUUUUCGCUCUUUUGUGGAUCCUUUUGCUGAUUACUGCGGCGGGAAUCCAGCAGAACUCUUGGUUUCUUGUGGCUGUGGGCGGAGUUGGCAUUCUACAGAAUAUUACUUUCGCAGGGAUCCCGCGACAUCCUAGGGCCCACGGCGUCCACAUUGAGUUUGUGGAAGUCAUUGCCCAGGAGAAAGUGAUGCAGACUCUAUAUAAAGUGGAGGAUGUGUACCCUCGCUUAGGCCAGAUGAAGAGAGAAAAUGGGCGGAGUACGGGGAACGGUGUGCUUGAUAGCAAGGGACGUAAAUUGGAGCAUUCCAACGGUACAAACACGUCUACUAGAAUCUAUCUCCUAUCUGAAAUAACUGCGCCAGAUGGGCAACACGACUUCCCGGACAACUCUGCAUCUGGAGCACAAGUAGACGAUAACAGUUAUCAGGCGGAAAUCAACCCAGCUGCGUAUGGUAUCAACGCAACGGCUCCAUCAUUUGAAGAAAGCUUCAGCAAUAUCUACGAUAGUUGCAGUUCAGACGACAAAGAGAAUGUGCAGGAGAACGCUGAUCGUACCGCACCCCUUCCUUGCAACGAUCAGGAAGGGGCGGUGAAUGUAUCUGACAAGGAAAGUAAUCACCCUGCGAAGCGUCACAGGGGAAAUGGAAGAGAAUCCAAGUCUUCUAACACUACGCCUCUCCAGGUGCAUCCAGCUCCAGACCAGGCGACUGAACUCCAACCUCCAAAUCCUGCUGCUGAAGGCACUCGACUUGUUUCCAUGAGAACCAUGUGCCCUUCAACUGGAAAUAUUUUGGCACAACCGGCGGUCAAGAGAAUCCUACCAGCACCGCUCUAG